GUCCAAGUGGUUGAUUCUUGUCUUCCUCGCUAAGUAGUACUCCAAUGUUACACAAACGCAACCACCCAACAACUGAAACAGGAAAACUCCAGAGAGCUCCAAACCACACAUCUCUGCGCGCGCGCGCACACAAAGUGAGAGUGAUAGAGAUCUAGAGAGAGAAACACUGAGAUCUGUAUAUAUAUAUAUAUAUAUAUAUAUAUAGAGAGAGAGAGAGAGAGAGAGAGAGAGAGAGAGAGAGAGAGAGAGAGAGAGAGAAUGAGGGAACCAGCUACGCAAUUUGUCGACGGUAACAACAAUGGAUCGUCAUCGCCUCCACAAGCCCUCCUUGAGAGGCUCAAGGAUUACGGCCAAGAAGACGCUUUUACCCUCUGGGACGAGCUUUCUCCCGACGAACGCGACCUUCUCGUUAGGGACAUCGAAGGCAUAGAUCUUCCAAGGAUCGACAGGAUCGUCCGUUGUUCAUUUCAAUCCCAAGGAGUUCAGGCAGCGGCAAUCGAACCAGUGCCGGAGGGUAGUGUAUCGACUGUGGAGGAGCGAACGCUAGAAGAGAGAGAGAAAUGGUGGAAAAUGGGGUUGAAGGCUAUCUCAGAUGGCAAGUUAGCUGUGUUGCUUCUUUCUGGUGGCCAGGGAACUAGGCUGGGAAGCUCAGAUCCAAAGGGCUGUUUUAAGAUUGGACUUCCGUCUGGAAAGUCACUUUUCCAACUUCAAGCUGAGCGAAUUUUAUGUCUGCAAAAAUUAGCGGCUCAAUCUCUAAGUGAGGGCUCGGCUGGGUUUGUGCAUAUUCAUUGGUACAUAAUGACAAGCCCAUUUACUGACGACCCAACACGCAAAUUCUUUGAAUGUCACAAAUAUUUUGGUCUUGAAGCUGAUCAAGUCACCUUCUUCCAACAGGGUACCAUACCUUGUGUCUCAAAGGAUGGUAGAUUUAUAAUGGAAACCCCAUACAGAGUUGCAAAGGCUCCAGAUGGAAAUGGAGGAGUUUAUUCAGCUUUGAAAUCUUCAAGACUGUUAGAAGAUAUGGCCACGAGAGGGGUUAAAUAUUUGGACUGCUAUGGGGUCGAUAAUGCAUUAGUCCGUGUUGGUGAUCCCACUUUCUUGGGCUAUUUUAUAGACAAAGGUGUAGCCGCAGCUGCAAAAGUGGUCCGCAAGGCAUACCCACAAGAAAAGGUUGGCGUGUUUGUACGGCGGGGGAAAGGUGGACCUCUAUCUGUAGUUGAAUAUAGUGAGUUGGAUCCAUCACUGGCUGGUGCAAUAAACCAAGGAACUGGUCGUCUUCGCUUUUGUUGGAGUAAUCUGUGCUUACAUAUGUUUACUUUGGAUUUCCUGAACCAAGUAGCAAGUGGCCUUGAGAAGGACAGUAUUUAUCAUCUUGCAGAGAAGAAAAUCCCUUCAAUCCAUGGACAAACCAUGGGAUACAAAUUAGAGCAGUUUAUUUUUGAUGCAUUUCCCUACUCACCUUCCACAGCCCUUUUUGAGGUGUUGCGCGAAGAGGAAUUUGCACCAGUAAAAAAUGCCAAUGGGUCAAAUUUUGACACUCCAGACAGUGCGCGGCUGCUAGUUCUCCGUCUCCAUACUCGUUGGGUGGUUGCUGCAGGAGGUUUCUUAACGCAUUCAGUGCCCCUAUAUGCAACUGGUGUGGAAGUUUCACCGCUUUGUUCUUAUGCUGGAGAAAACCUAGAAGCUAUUUGCCGUGGGAGAACAUUUCAUGCACCUUGUGAGAUCACGUUCUAGUUGCGACUUUUUUCUUCAUCAAUAAUCAGUUUAGUGGCUCUGUUUUGUUUAAAUGUGUAAUGAACUGAGGCCUGAAAAUAUAUGUACAACUGCGAAUGCUGUUAUUUGUGCGAAGGACAAGGGUUUGGCUAGCUUGAGCUACAAAGUGUGGCCUAAUAAUAAUCUCCAUUUUUGCCUCGUGAUUUUUAAAA